AUGUCACCGAAUCUAUUUGGAAUCUUCAGAGAUUAUCCGACACCACCAGAAUCAGGGUUCUGGGGUACUCCUACUUCUACUAUAGAUUGGUGUGAGGAGAAUUAUGUGAUAUCGCCCUAUAUAGCGGAAUGGUCAAACACACUCACUAAUAGUGGAUUUAUUUUACUAGCAUUAUACCUGUUGUAUUCUUCAUGGAAAAAUAAACUAGAGACCCGGUUUAAGUUGGUUUGUGCUGGUUUUGGAUUGGUCGGGAUCGGAUCCUGGUUAUUCCAUAUGACUUUGCAAUACAAGUACCAGUUAUUAGAUGAGUUACCUAUGGUUUAUGCUACUUGCAUUCCUGCAUGGAGCAUAUUCUGCGAGGAGAUUGAUGUAGCUACGUCGAGGAUCAGGUCUCCCACCAGGAGAAAACAAUGGACUGUCGGAUUAACCAUCUUUAUGGGUGCUAAUUUACUUACGGCUAUAUACCUCAUUUUCAAGAAUCCAACGAUCCAUCAGGCUGGUUACGCUCUAAUCAACGCUAUCGUUAUUUGGUUUGCCUUCAAACUCACCACACAGUUUGUAAACGAUCCGGUUGCUAAACGUAACCUACAAAAUGCUAUGUUACUUGGUAUCACCAUAUUUCUGGCUGGUUAUUUCGUCUGGCAACUUGAUGUUCAUUUCUGUCAGUUUUGGAUCACUAUUAGAAGAUCAUAUUUAAGGUUACCACUAGGAGUAUUGCUAGAAUUACAUGGAUGGUGGCACUUACUCACUGGCCUCGGCGUUUAUUUCUACAUCGUAUAUUUGGAAUACCUAAGAAUAUACAUUCAUGGAAAACGUGACGAAUACGAAAUGAUAUGGAGAUGGAAGGUUCUACCUGAAGUGGUCAUCAAAACUUCUCAUAUCAGCACACCAUUUUCUCAUGAAUUCUUAGGAUCAUGUGUAACAGCCACAUGCCAUCAUCUAGAAGAAAGAAGCAAAUCAGAAUGA